AUGACGUGGAAAUACUCACACACACUCUCUCUCUCUCUCUCUCUCUCUCCUGUUCCACUUCCGGUCUCUCUCUGAAUUUGGAGAUUCUUGCGGUCUCCGAUCCACCGGUUUUUGGUGGUGAGUUUUCGGCGAAGCACCAUGUUUUUGCUGGAUUGGUUCUAUGGAGUUCUAGCGUCGCUCGGAUUGUGGCAGAAGGAAGCAAAGAUCUUGUUUUUAGGGCUCGAUAAUGCCGGCAAAACCACCUUGCUUCAUAUGCUCAAAGACGAGAGAUUAGUUCAACACCAACCGACACAGUAUCCGACAUCCGAGGAAUUGAGUAUUGGGAAAAUCAAGUUUAAGGCUUUUGAUUUGGGUGGCCAUCAGAUUGCUCGUAGAGUUUGGAAAGAUUAUUAUGCCAAGGUGGACGCGGUUGUUUACCUGGUGGAUGCUUUUGACAAGGAGAGAUUCGCCGAGUCAAAAAAAGAGUUGGAUGCUCUCCUCUCCGACGAGGUAUUGGCGAAUGUUCCGUUUCUUAUUUUGGGAAACAAGAUCGAUAUCCCAUAUGCUGCUUCAGAAGAUGAGCUGCGCUAUAGCCUGGGCCUGACCAACUUUACCACAGGCAAAGGUAAGGUAAACUUGGCAGAUUCAAAUGUCCGCCCACUUGAGGUCUUCAUGUGCAGCAUUGUAAGGAAAAUGGGCUAUGGAGAUGGUUUCAAGUGGCUUUCUCAGUACAUUAAGUAGAGGGCAGUAGGACGGUAAAAUUAAAGAUUUGGUUUAUAGUGCUUAAUUCUUACUUUCUUAUUCCAUGAAAUGACAAACACACCCCAUUAUAAGUGUUUUAUAGAUUUUGUCUCCCUUCUCUU